GAAGUUGAAAGUCACCUGUAAAGUCUCCUCACAUUGGUAGUUACCUACAGUUCUGAUGGAAUCAAGUAAAAAAUGAAUUAAUGACAGUUCAGAAGGGGUUCAGCAGAAGAAUCUUUAGAGAGGAUUUCCUUUGAAUAAUCAAAAAUGUUUUUCAAUUUAUUGGAUAAGAGCUGAACUACCAGCCUGUGUGGGACUCCAUAUCCUCUGCUCCACUGCCUUUGGAUGGCAUUUUGACUGCAUCAAGGCCAAGUGACCAGCUGCCCAUGAUGAGUGAUGAGAAGAACCUCGGUGUAUCCCAAAAAUUGGUCUCACCUUCACGGAGCACAAGUAGCUGUUCCUCCAAGCAGGGAAGUCGACAGGACAGCUGGGAAGUGGUGGAAGGACUGAGGGGGGACAUGAAUUACACCCAGGAGCCUCCUGUUCAGAAGGGAUUUUUGCUGAAAAAGCGGAAAUGGCCCUUAAAAGGCUGGCACAAGAGAUUCUUCUACCUGGACAAAGGAAUCUUGAAAUAUGCCAAGAGCCAAGCUGAUAUCGAGCGAGAGAAGCUGCAUGGCUGCAUUGAUGUGGGGCUGUCAGUGAUGUCCGUAAAGAAGUCGUGCAAGUGCAUCGACCUUGACACGGAGGAGCACAUCUACCAUCUGAAGGUGAAGUCAGAAGAAGUCUUUGAUGAGUGGGUAGCCAAACUCCGUCACCACAGAAUGUAUCGACAGAAUGAAAUCGCCAUGUUUCCACGAGAAGUGAAUCACUUUUAUCCGGGGUCCACUAUCACAGAUGCUGCACCUGGGGCAUUUGACUCCAUUUCCAGUAGAAAACGUAGCAGUAUAUCAAAGCAGAAUUCAUUUCAAACUGGAAGCAAUUUAUCAUUUUCUUGUGGUGAGGCUCGAGUUCCAUUAUGGCUGCAGUCUUCAGAGGACAUGGAAAAAUGUUCAAAAGACCUGGCACACUGCCAUGCCUAUCUGAUGGAGAUGAGCCAGCUCCUACAGAGCAUGGACAUCCUGCAUCGGACGUACUCAGCGCCAGCAAUCAAUGCCAUACAGGGUGGAGCUUUUGAAAGUCCCAAAAAGGAAAAAAGAUUGCACAGGAGGUGGCGGUCCAGAGCUAUUGGGAAAGAUACUAAAGGAACGCUGCAGGUCCCUAAACCUUUCUCUGGCCCUCUAAGACUACAUUCCUCCAACCCUAAUUUGUCAACACUAGAUUUUGGAGAAGAGAAAAAUUAUUCUGAUGGCUCUGAAACAUCAUCAGAAUUUUCUAAAAUGCAAGAAGACCUAUGUCAUAUAGCCCAUAAAGUUUACUUCGCUUUAAGGUCAGCUUUUCAUGCCGUAUCGACGGAGAGAGAGAAGCUGAAGCAGCUGAUGGAGCAGGAUGCCUCCACCUCCCCUUCUGCUCAGGCCGUUGGUCUGAAGCACGCCCUGUCAUCCGCCAUAGCGCAAAACACAGAUCUUAAAGAACGCUUACGCAGAAUCCAUGCCGAAUCUCUGCUCCUCGACCCGCCUGCUAUUGCCAAGUUGGGUGACAAUCAGGCAGAGGAAAACUCCAGAGAUGAAAACCGAGCUCUGGUCCAUCAGCUUUCCAGUGAAAGCAGGCUCUCUAUUACUGAUUCCCUUUCGGAAUUUUUUGAUGCACAGGAAGUUCUUUUGUCUCCAAGCUCUUCAGAAAAUGAGAUUUCUGAUGAUGAUUCAUAUGUCAGUGACAUAAGUGAUAACCUUUCUUUAGACAACCUUAGUAAUGAUUUAGAUAAUGAAAGACAAACCUUGGGGCCUGUUCUGGAGUGUGGUGGACAAGGGAGGACCGAGAGAAGGACAUGCCUGCCCGCGCCGGGUCCCAACACCAGCAACAUCAGCCUGUGGAACAUCCUGCGCAACAACAUUGGGAAGGACCUGUCCAAGGUGGCCAUGCCCGUGGAGCUGAAUGAGCCGCUGAACACGCUGCAGAGGCUCUGUGAGGAGCUGGAGUACAGCGAGCUGCUGGACAAGGCCGCACGGAUCCCUAACCCUCUGGAAAGGAUGGUGUAUGUGGCAGCCUUUGCUGUAUCCGCAUAUGCAUCCAGCUACUACCGAGCUGGGAGCAAGCCAUUUAAUCCAGUCCUUGGAGAAACCUACGAGUGUUUUCGAGAGGACAAGGGCUUCCAGUUUUUUGCAGAACAGGUCAGCCACCAUCCACCUAUCUCUGCGUGUCAUGCUGAGUCUGGAAAUUUUGUUUUCUGGCAAGAUGUGAGAUGGAAAAACAAAUUCUGGGGCAAAUCCAUGGAAAUUGUUCCAGUCGGCACAACCCAUGUGACUCUCCCAACUUUUGGAGAUCACUUUGAAUGGAACAAGGUGACCUCUUGCAUCCAUAACAUCUUAAGUGGGCAGAGGUGGAUUGAGCACUAUGGAGAGAUUGUCAUCAACAACCUGAAUGAUGAUUCCUGCCACUGCAAAGUGAACUUCAUAAAGACAACAACCAGUGCCGGCACCCCCUGACCCCAACUCCACCUCUGUCACCUGGACCGGGACCAUGACCCUUCCUGGACUUUCUCCUGCCCUAACUCCCUGAUGAUCUGUCCUCAGUGCACAGCUAGAGGGGCCCUUUAAAAACAUCAUCAUCCACAAAAUGGUUGCAAGUUGGAGACAUUAUGCUAAGUGGAAUGAGGCAGAUGCAAAAGGACACACUGCAUGGUUCCACUUACAUGAGGUCCCUGGAGGGAUCAAACCCACCGAGACAGAAAGCAGAUUGUGGGUGCCAGGACUGGAGGAGGGAGAGAUGGGGAGUUAAUAUUUAAUGGGUGUGAAUUUUCUGUUUGGGAAAAUGAAAAAGUCUUGGAAAGUGGUGACAGUUGCCCAAUAUUGUGACUAUCAUUAAUACCAUUGAAUUUUACAUUUAGGUAUCAUUCAGAUGGUAAACUUUAUGCUUAUAUGUUUUACCAGAAGGAAAGCUGUGCCAUAUCAUAUCCCACUUUCUUUCAAGGCUUUUAUUACCAUCUGAAAUUAGUGUGCUGAUCGUUUCUUUAACUGUUUAUUUUCUGUUCUCCACAUUCUCCUCACCAUCCCCAACUCCAGAAGAGCAAAAGCCUGACCUGUCUUUCUCACUACAUAGCCCUCGUGUAGUACUGGCAUGUGGCAGAGGCUCAUGCUGUUCAGAGAAAGUGGAAAGAUUGGCCAGAUGUAAAAAAUAUGGGGUAGUCUCUUUAUCUUUCCAGCUACCUUUAUUUGAGGUCUUUCCCUACUUUUCCUCUUGGAAUCCUUCUUGCACUUAAAAAUGGUAUGUACUUUAUAUGAUGUCAAAGCAUUAUCCCCCUCAAGAGGUACUUGCAUUUAACUAAGAUCAGAAGACAUGAGCUGCCAGAUGAGGUUUCAGCUACCUGUAACCCGUAGGGGACCCUAUAGAAGAAGCUGAUUGCAGUCAAAUUGGGUCAUAGAGAGACCUACCGUUAGAAAUGACUUACAUUUGGGGCAAAAUAAAAAUGACCCUACCUUGAAAGCUUCACCUCAAGCUCUGCAAAAAGAAGUAAAGAGCACCCUGGAGCAGGCACCUGUGACCCCUGAUCAAGAUGACAGCACCCUAGUUUUCAGUAUUUUCCCGAGGAAAUGUACUCAGGCUCUUUCUCUACUGCCCAGCUGUUCUCAUCCACCCAGAGCCAGAGAAGGGACUUCUGCAGUGAUGAGAGAUGAACAUUGACUGUUCCUCUGGUGUUGAAAAACGGAUGCAUGGUUGCCCAUCAAAUGUGGCAGGGCCCCUCUGGCUUCCCAUCUAGUUGUCAACAUUGGAUUUGUUGGUAAAUAUCUCUAAGAGAAAAAUCUCUCACUUGAGAAUAAAUGAAAGAGCCUAGACAGCGCCUCCACCCCUCUUUCUCCCUCCCUCCAUCCCCUCCCUCCCAUUUUUAUAUAACCGGAAAAUUCAUGUUAAAAUUUCUGCUUCACCUGUGAGAUGCUGCUAUGCCUCGCCCUUCCUUCCCAUUUUUACCAAUCUUGGAGUGGAGAAGCUGCACCACCAGGAUAUGUCCUGAAAAUGCCUUUCGUCAAAGUUAUUAGUUUCCAAGUAUAGAUUGUGUCAGCUGAAAAUAGUGCUGAGAUUUUUGAUUUAUGGAGAAAUGCUUUCUGUUCUUUCCUAGCGAUUUUUAAGGGCAGCCAGGCCCUUAGUUGGGAGAUUUAGACCGAAAAAUAAAUAAAUAAAUA